AUGAAGACCUUCAUGCCCCUUAUUUCCCUUUUCAUGGUCAUAGGGAUGACCUCUGCCGCUCCCACCUCAAAGGUCGCCGCUGAACACGAUGUCUCCCCGGAAAGCGCCCACUCAUUCAACAUUAACGCCUACAGUCCUCCCCCUCCCGAUCGCAAGGUCGAUGAUGCCUUGCACCGCAGGGAGGAGGUUACUCCGGAAGGUGCAAAUCUUUUCAUCAUUCAUUCUUAUGGUGAUCGGCCAUCAGAACACAAAGUCGAUAAUACGGUAGAGCAACAAAACGAGGACAAUGUUGACGGCGCUCGUAUCUUCAAUGCUAUCGAGGCCUAUACUCCCUGA